AUGGUAACGUUGCCAAUAAACGACUGUGAAAAGAAAGCAAUGAGUACUGCUGCCACGCUUUCCAACACCACAGUAGGAGCCCAGUCGACUAGCCCGAACCCGCUGUCGAAAGUUGUCGCAAAGGAAAACGAGUGGGUAGCGCCCCAGUUUCACAGAAAGGUUCACGUGAACAACAGAAUCUACAUAGAAGGAGCUGGAAUAGAAAAGCUCGGCUACGAAAGAUUGACAGAGUACUUUUCCCGAUGGGGGAAGGUAUACAACGUCGAAUUGAAAGUCAACAAUCGCGACGGACGACGACAGAAGAAAGUUUAUGGCUUCGUUACUUUUGCCGAUGAAGGCGACGCGCAGAACUGCAUCGAAGCAGCUAAAGCUGGUAUCGAAAUCGAACCAGGCCGGCCACUCAGUGUUCGAGCUGCUUUUUUUAUGCCCCGGAGGAACUCUUUCGACACCGAAAAGGUCUCCAAUACCAACUGGUCUAGUCAAGCACCCUCUGAGCCCACGAUUCCGUCUAGGUCACCAUCUCCCAUUUUCGAAACGGGCGAGUGGAAACCCGAGAUGGGAAAGCCGUACCAGGGCGCCAAUGGUCAAUCUCCCAAUGCUGCGAACGCAAGUACCGCUUCCAGCGGCUACAAGCACCUCAGUGAGCAGGAACAGGCGAAGAAACUCUUCGAAAUCUUCCAGAACUUGCCAGACUCCACGCAGACACGUAUUCUUCAUGUCCUCAUGGCACAGAAGUAUCAGGAGCAGCAACUGGCGGCAAUCAAAGACACAAAAGCCUCAAGCUUCAACUCAGACUCAAGCGGCUCAUCAAGCGGGAGUGAAACCGUUCCGCUGGAUCUAACCUUCGCGAACAUGUCGAUGAUCAAACCACCCGUGUCGCCUGUGUUGCAGAGUGUUCCACCGCCAGUUCCAAGCGUGAAUCAAAGCAUGCCAGCUCCUCAAACCUCCCCUCAAAUGAGUCAGUACCAACCAGAGCCUAUUAAAAGCAUGCCGAUCCCGCGAUACGAAUCUGUGUCAAGAAGCGAAGUUCAGCCUGUCUCCCAGCAGCAGCAGCAGGCUUCGAUUAUUCCUCCAAUGAGCCGCCAGCAGCCUCAACCGAUCUACCAACGAUCAUUUAGCGACAACACUGGCUACGAGCAGCCCCAGCCUGCGCCUGCGUCCACUACCAACAACGGAUUCACGGGAAACAACUACAGCUCGCGUCCAAGCGGUGUUCGACCAAUCAAGAAAAUCCUCAAUGACGAGGGACUCUCUCUUACCAUUCCCGAAUCCUUCGGCGCAUCAUCGCCUGUCUGCUGGCACAUGCCCAACUCGCCGCCAAACGAGGACUACUUCAUGCAGCCAAAUCGCCGCGGCGUCGAUUACUAUUAA